AUGGCCGAUAACCCCACCCGGCUCAUUCGGACAUUCUUGCUACGAAGGCCCCAUUUUAUAAGGAGCCCUUCCUCUCUUUCUCUAUUUGUUCACCGACGUGGGACACAGAAUAAACGAAUAGGGAGAAAGAAGAGCAAAGGAGGGGGCGAGAACGAGAAGAAGGAUGGCGAGAAUGGUGUCACGGUGGUCCAGGACAUGCACUGCGAGGGUUGCGCCGACAAGAUCGUCAAACUCCCCAAGAGCAUUGACGGUAAGUUGGAGUGGAGAAGGCGAAGGUGGAGUGGGAGGUGGACGGUGAGAGGGAAGAUGUUGGACCCAUUGGAGCUUCGAGAGGUGCUGCAGGAGAAGACGAAGAAGAAGGUGGACCUGGUCUCGCCCCAGCUGCCCAAGAAGGAGAAGGACAGAGACAACAAAUCAUCAUCGGCAUCUUCAGACAACAAUUGUGGAGAACAGUCCACUAGUAUGACAGGCGACACUGAUGCAUCUAACCAGGGGCAUGAAGUUGCUGCUAGUGAUGGCUUAGAGCAAGAAGGGGCAGAGGUUGAUGCAAACAGGAAUGCUGACAACACCAGCUAG